AUGGUGUCGUUCAAGAUGGGGCCAGCACUGUUGCUGCUAUCGCUGUGUAUCGCCGGAGCGUGGAGUGAGGAUGAGCAGUCCGUAUGGGCCUCUCGCCAGAGACGUGUGGAGAUGGACACGAACAAAAACAAUGAGAAGAAAUUCAGUGGCCGCAUCGUCGGCGGUACGGAGCUGACCGAACCUUUGCCCUACCUGCUGUCUUUGCGUGACAGUGGUUACCACAUCUGCGGAGCAUCGAUCAUUUCUACCAAGCAUGCACUGUCGGCCGCCCACUGUCAGUCGCCACCGUCCGAAGUGUCCCGGCUGUCACUUCUUGCUGGAGCCGUUGAACGGACGGAUGAUCCCAACGGCAUUGUGUUCCAAGUAGAAAAGGUCACAACCCACGCUGGAUUCGUGCAAAAGACUUACCUCAACGAUGUUGCCAUUAUUCGUAUCACCACCUCCUUCCUGGAUCAUCCCGGACUGGCAAUUAUUCCCAUUGCUACCGAAGCCUACAAAUUGCGCGUAAACAGCAUUGCUACCGUUAGCGGCUGGGGUUUAACUGCUCAGGAUGAAAACUUGGCGCCUACGCUGCGUACGGUUAACAUUCCCAUUACUAGCUAUUCAAAGUGCGUGACCAAGUGGCGCCCCGUACAAAUCGUGCGAACUGCCAUCUGUGCCGGACAUCCGGGGCGUGAUUCGUGCAACGGAGACAGCGGUGGCCCACUCGUGCAGGAUGGCGUACAAAUUGGACUAGUAUCCUGGGGUGCGGAUCGUUGCGGAAGCGAAUAUCCAGGCAUUUACACCUACAUCGGUAACGACGAUAUUCGCAAGUUUAUCCGAGAGAAAAGCGGUGUGUAA